UUCCAAUUCUCUUAGAUGAAGCAGCUGAACACAUUCCCAGCGCUGGACUCCAACCUUCACAGAUACUUGUUACACAGUGGUGAAGAAUUUCCACACCAUCAAAUUAUCACUGUAUUUUGCUAUAGUAUGGCCAAGCGAAUUGCAGCGAAGGAAUUGAACCACGAUAACUGGGCAGAUGAAGAAGAGCCAGAAGAGAUGGGCACCUUUAAUCAAGCAUCAUCCGAACAAUUGGUUGUACGGCAAAUAAAAAAAGCACGGAGAAGAGGUGUGGCAGGAAACACUUCCUCACAAUCAGUGUUCAAAGGAUUCACUUCAUUUACUGGAUUUGGUGUAAACAAAGAUUCUACUAGUCAACCUUCUUUUAGUUUUCUAAGUAAAAAUUCUAACGAGACUGCAGCAAAACCAUCUUUUGACUUUUCAAGUAUGCCUAGCACAAAUACAAAUUCUAUUACAAAACCUGAAACUAACUCAUGUGAGAGCAAAACUACCACACAGCCAUUUAAAUUCACACAGGACACUGCAUCCACAGAUCAAAAGACAGUAGAUUCUAGCAAUACUAAUGGUGUUGGACCAACAAAGGCAAUUGCUGACUCAACUGGUAAAGGAGGUAGUAAGAUUUUCCUUGCUCAUCUAAAGGCAUUGAAUGAAGGUGUACUUCUUUGGGUUAAACAACACCUUGACAAGAAUCCACAUGUCAAUUUGUCACCUGUCUUUGAUGACUACAAGAAGCACUUUGAGGAAUUAACCAGAAAAUAUCCCCCUGCAUCUGGAGGGGAAAGUGACUCAGAUGCAGGAGCAUCAAACAGUUUAAAAAAGGAUGAAGGUAGUGAGAAAGAAAAUAAGCCAUUAAUUUCAGUGGACACAUGUAAAGAGAGUCCAUUAAGUAACAAAUUAACCUCUGGACCUAUCACAGCACCUCCAAAUGCACCAACAACUGAGAAGAGUUUGGAGCCAAAUAAAAUGUUUUUCAGCUCAGGUUCCAAUGCAACAGAAUCUGAGAAGAAAACAGAGGCUGCUGAUACAACAUCUGGAUUCACAUUUGGGGGCUUUGGUACUAGCAGUAAAAAUCCAGAAUCCUCAAUUUUUGGUGGUAGUAAGAAUAUAGGAUUAAUUUUUGGUGAUUUAAGUUCUUCACAGUCUAAUUCACCAUCAAAAGGGUUCACUUUUGGGAAUGGUAAUAGUAAUACAUCAGAAGUUGCUGGAAGCAGUGUAGGCAAAGCUGAAGUAGAUGAUGAAUCAAAUGACGAGCCACCUAAAGUUGAAGUAAAUGAAGUGAAAGAGGAUGGUGCCCUCUAUGAAAAAAAAUGUAAAUUAUUCUACAUGAAGGAUAAAGAGUAUGUAGAAAAGGGAGUAGGUACAUUGUUCCUCAAGCCUGCUGGAGACAAGACUCAGCUGGUAAUCAGAGCACUAACAAAUUUAGGUAAUAUCUUGCUCAACAUUAUUCUUAAUGCUUCUGUUCCAGCAAUGCGUGCUGGGAAGAAUGGUGUGAUUAUUGCCUGUGUCCCCAACCCUCCUCUUGAUGGAAAAUCUACAUCCACUGAGCCUGUUAAGAUGUUGAUACGUGUCAAAACUGUUGAAGAUGCUGAUAAUUUGCUACAAAAAAUUGAUGAGCUCAAAAAAUAGGUUUUGGCAUAGAGUAUGUGAAAAAAAAAGUUUAAUAGAGAAAUAUUGGUUCCGAUGAAAGUAUUUUGGAUAAGGAUGCUCGAUUGAAAAAUAUUAAAUAUUUUUUAUUAAAAAUUUGUUUUUGGAAAAUGCUUUAAAUUAAUUGGCUUUCAAGCUAAAAAAAAUGGAUUAUUUGUAUGAAGACAAAAAACUAUGGUUAUCUACUCCAGAUGUUAGGCAUUGCAUAAAUGUGGUUAUGCUGUAUUUUCAAAUGCUAGGUGACAGCCUUCCAAAUUUAUGGAGGGUUACAAUCCUAGACAUAGCAAAUCCAGAAACUGCAGAUACCCAGAAAUUCUCUCCUUAAAAUAGUUUGAUUUGGGCUCAUUUUGUGCUUCAGAAUUCAUUUCUUAAACUAUUGCUCAAACUCAUCAAUAUUGACAUUCACAAGAGAGGUUCUUCAUAAAGAUUGGUGUAGGUGUAGAAAAUCACUGAGCACAUCAUCAAUAAAAUAUUCAAAAUUAUUUGCAGGAGACCAUUUAAUAAUAAUGUUGAAUCAAACUAUCUAAUUGGAGAGCUGUUGUGUAUUAUUUAACAGUAGUGUCAAACAACUUUACAAUAAACUUGCUUAUGCUGGAAACUUAGCUUGGUUUAAAUGCUAAAACAUCAUAACAUCUCUUUAUCAAAAGUUAUGUGCUGUCAUUUUUAUCCUAAAAUCAAGUAUGCUGUAGGGAUGAAAGACAAAAUUUUUUUUAUUGCAUAGUCAUUUUAUUAAUUCGAACCUAUUUAAUACAUUUAUUGUAAUGCCUGUCAGUGCAGCAGCCUAUAGUAUUCAUUUUGAUUUUGAGUGUGACAAUGCCAAAUGAAUACCAUAUUAGUCAAAAUAAAACACUUCAUUAUGUUGGAAAUGCAGGUAUUUCAUUGUGAGUCAUCAGUGUCAACUUUUUCUUAGAAACCAUCCUAAAUUAGUAAUGCCAAUUAUUUUUUUUAAUCAGUUUGAAAAAUGUUACUCUACUAGUGAACAUUUCAAGUAAUUUUUGGAUUGUCAUUUGUCAUAAAUUAAAUAAUAAAAUAUUUUAUGUGAAAAAA